GAUACACUCUAUUUCCAUUCGGCGAUUUGGAACAAUUCUAGAUUUUCGCACGACUCAACCCACCCACCAAAUUCACCUUCACAACUCGACACAGCAAAACCACUCUUCGAGGAUCGCACCGGUGUCACAAAAUUCAAGAUGUCGGACGUAGAAGAGAACAACGCACCCGAAGUCCCCGAGGAGGUUGAAGUUUCCGCCGAUGCCUCCAAGGGCCAGAUGUCCGUUCUGGACGCCCUCAAGGGUGUCUUGAAGCUCGCCCUUAUGCACGACGGUCUUGCCCGGGGUCUCCGUGAAGCAUCCAAGGCUCUGGACCGACGACAAGCCCACAUGUGUGUUCUAAACGAAUCCUGCGAAGAAGAGGCCUACAAGAAGUUGGUCAUCGCUCUCUGCUCCGAACACAAGAUUCCCCUGAUCAAGGUUCCCGACGGAAAGCAACUGGGCGAGUGGUCAGGUCUCUGCGUUUUGGACCGAGAAGGCAACGCGCGCAAGGUAGUAAACUGCUCUUGCGUGGUUGUCAAGGACUGGGGUGAGGAGUCGACUGAGCGAUCCAUCCUCCUGAACUACUUCCAGACCGAGCAGUAAGGAAUUCAUCACGGGCGUUGCGCGGGGAUAUAGACAGUGGAACGGGAUGAUUUUCAAGCCAUCGUCAUGAGCCCUUGGCAUGUACUCUACCGGCUUGACCAUCUGGCAUAGAUGCUGGGAAAAAAUUAAGGGGUCUAUACUGCAUCAGGAAUCAAGGAAAACUUGCAUUACCAAUCUUGGCUGCAAAGCUUCUUUUUCACCCGUGAAGUCUUUUGUUAUUAUGGUGAUUAUGAGCUCAUUUGCGCUCUUCUACUACAAUCAGGUGGUAUCCGAACGCCGUCUUCGCCUCUCCGAUGUUGAGAUUACUGCCCUUACUCUCUGGUAGCGCGAAAGCAACAUCUUCAAAUUCAGGUUGUAGUGAUCCUUUCCGUUGUGUACCAAGGAGACCGCCUAAGAUUUCCAGGUUAGUUUUUUACUUAUAUAGGAGGUAGAGACUAGAUACUAGGUACUCAAGUAUCAAGAAGUAAAGUGAUAGAUUCCGACUCCGUAGAUAGAACGUACCUUGUUUAGCUUUAUCCUCGCU